CUUUGUCAUUAGUGUCUCCCCGGUCUGACUGUGAAGAUUUCCCCGUCAGUUACGGGUCUAGAGAUUCCAUCCUCAGCCACAAAAACAGCUGGAAAAAACUGAAAAGAAAAAACAGACAAGAAAGGCUCAGUACAGACAGGAGCAGCACUGGCAGCAACAGUAAGAAACAGGUGACCUUGGACCUGAACGGAAGAAAAGCCAUGCGCUGGUCCACGCUGCUGUGCAUCCUGACAGGUGUGAUAGCAUACCUGAUCAUGGGAGCGCUGGUGCUUCACUACCUAGAGACUCCAUUUGAGAAAAUGAGCCACAACGAGUUUCUGAAGGAGCGACAGAAAUUCCUGGACAAUUAUACAUGCAUGAGCCCUGAAGCAAUCCAAAAUCUGAUAGAGAUAGUUACAAAUGCCAUCGGGGUUGGUGUCGUCCCAAAUAAGAAUGAUACGUUCAGCAGCAGCUGGGACAUUGCCAGUGCUUUCUUCUUCUCUGGCACUAUCAUUACCACCAUUGGUUAUGGGAACAUCUCCCCAAAGACAGAAUGGGGAAAGCUGUUCUGUAUCUGCUACGCCCUGGUGGGGAUCCCCAUGUUUGGUUUCCUGCUAGCUGGAGUAGGGGACCAUUUAGGAACCGUUCUGAGGCAUGCUAUUGCAAAGAUAGAGAUGCUAUUCCUGAAAUGGAAAGUCAGUCCCACUAUUGUUCGCAUCAUCUCUGCUGUGCUCUCCAUCCUGCUGGGCUGCAUACUCUUUGUCUUCGUGCCCACUCUGGUCUUCCAAGAGGUGGAAACUUGGGAACUGCUGGAAUCUGCCUAUUUUGUGGUCAUCACCCUCACCACUGUGGGUUUUGGGGAUUAUGUACCAGGUAGUACAGUGGAGGAGAGCAUGGCACACUGGUAUAAACCUCUGGUGUGGUUCUGGAUCCUAAUUGGACUGGCUUACUUUGCCUCCAUCCUCACUAUGAUUGGGAACUGGCUACGAGUCCUGUCCAGAAAAACCCGUGCUGAGAUGGAAGGUCUAAGAGCCCACGCCACGGACUGGACCCAGAACAUCCAGAACAUGUCUGUGGACUUCCGUAUCUCUGGCAAACUUGACGACCCGUUUAAGCGCAGGCGGCGAAAACGUCAUCAUCAUAGCCGUAGUCACAGAACCGACCAAAGUGUUCCAGGAAUUAACGGUCCAGAAGAAAGGAGGAGACAAGAAGACAGAUAUUAUGAUGAUCAAUCCGCAUCUGGAUCCUCCUCAUACUCAUAUACAUCCAAUGAAUCAUACUCGGAAUCUGAGACAAACUCAGAGGAAACCCAGACGGAGCAGGUGCCAGAAAUUGAUCGGAGAAAAGAAAAAACAGACCCCACAUUCUCACAACCAUUGGAUUACUUUGGAGAAAAUCUGGCCUAUAUUGAUGAGUCUUCAGAUGCUGUUAGUGGGAAGCUUCACCUGGACCCACUCCUGGACAGGUCUGAAGCCAAAAUGGCUGCACUGCACAAGGCUAAGAGAAGACAUCCAAGGAGACAAGCACGGAAGAAAACACCCAAAACUAGCCCUUCCAAGCAGCACCACACAGCACCCAAUGGAGGAAUUCUAAUAACACCACCUAAUAACACCCCUCCUGCGUCACCACAUUAACUCCACCUUAACUCACAAGGCAUCUAAAGCGAGGGAAAAUUCCUCUCUCAGAAGUGCAUUUUAGGGAGAGUUGGAAAGACUUUACUAGUUUACACUUCCUCUGUUGUUAAUGUCUUCAUGUCUGAUUUAGUACUACAUGGACAGAAGCAUGUGUCUGAUGACACUGGGUGGGAGAGACAUAAAAACACCAAAGCAAAGCUCUUAGCUCCAUCUUAUGGCUGCUCUUAAAGCUGCAGCUGGAUUGCCUGUGUAAUAAGUUUGAGCACUUUCGGUUCUUUUUAUAGUGGCCUUCAACCUGCUUUUUUGCUCUUUACAGUAAUUCCUUGAUUAAACCAAACUGGUUGUACUACAAACCCAAACAUUCUCUGACAUUCUGAUGCUUCUUACUGAUCCAGGAUUUCGGCCUGUGUGCCUUUUGCAUAUCAAUGCUUUUCUUUUCACGUUGGAUCCUUUAUACAAGGUACCCAUGUGCACUUUAUGAAGACAACGUUUUUGAUAAAUAAAUAUGUGAACCUCUAGGCUAAUGGGUUACUAGAGUCAAUGUGAUUUUUCACUGACAAAGAAAGAAAGAAAGAAAGAAAGAAAGAAAGAAAGAAAGAAAGAAAGA